AUGGGUUUAAGAAACUCCGUAUUAUUAGAAGCGCCCCAAGUGGUAUUCGGAGAAAAAUGUAUUACUUUUGGAUGCAAAAACUGCUCUACACAUUUAUCCCAGUCAAAACAGGUUAUCAGUGACAAAUAUAGGGGUAGGCUGGGGAAUGCUUUUUUAGUUAAUAAGGUUGUGAAUAUAUUAAGAGGACAGGCAGAAAGGCGACACAUGACUACAGGUCUGUACAUGGUGUGCGACAUUAAGUGCCAUCAAUGCAAGAAAGUAAUCGGAUGGGAGUAUUUGUCAGCGGAUGACGAUACUCAACAAUUCAAAGUGGGAAAGUUUAUUCUUGAGGCAAAUGGGAUCAUAUAUGUGCAAUGA